AUGGUUGUAAAUCAAUUAGUAUUCAACAUCAAGCCAACAUACCAAUAUGAAUCUGAUGAUAAAGAAAUAAAUAAAGAUGAGAUCAACAUUGGUGAUCAUAAUCAAAUGAGCAAUAUAGAUUCAGAGAAACGGUUUUGGGAAUUAAAAAAAGAAUAUGAUCAGGUAUCUUCAGCUACUUCUGGUAACAUGAAAUUUACUACUGUAUUCAAAGACUAUGUCAUCAGGAUCUAUGAUCGUAUUCAUAAAGAAAAAAGUCAUUUUACUAUAUUUGGUUCUACUUAA